CUGUUGGUAAUUAGUUUUCAAAACAGUCGCCUCCUCGCAUCAUCGAAAACAAAAAAUGUCGUCCAACUACAUGCGUCUCAUCUGCCUGGUGGCCUGUGUGGCUGUCUGCGCUGCCAGCGGCUAUGGUGGUCGCGGUGGCUAUUCGGAUAUUGUCAAGCCCCAAGAUACUGCCGAGGCUCAGGCUGCUGCUCUCACCAAUGCCGCUGGUGCUGCGGCUGCUGCUGCCAAAUUGGAUGGUGCUGAUUGGUAUGCGCUGAACCGUUAUGGCUGGGAGCAGGGCAGGCCUCUGUUGGCCCGUCCUUACGGCCCACUGGACCCCCUCUAUGCCGCUGCCCUGCCCCCACGUUCCUUUGUCGCCGAGAUCGAUCCAGUAUUCAAGAAGAACAAGUACGGCGCCUAUGGCCAGAACAUCGUCACUCUGAAUACUGAGUCCAAGCUCAGCGCGACUGCUAUUUAAAUGUGCUGUGUUUAGAUAAAAACCAAAAAAGAAAACAGAGUCUUAAUGUGUUCAACUAAAUAAAGAGUGAUAGUUUAAUUUGAAAAACCAAA